UCGACACACCGAGGCUUCGCGCCCACCCGACAAGGGAAAGGAGAUGCGCGGCGCUCAUCAAAACGCAAGCCACUUGUGCGACGCGCCCUGCGCCAGCAGAGGCGGGAUCAGACAACGCGGCCUGUCACACUCGCACUACAAAGCCGCGCCACCUCCCGUCCCGUGUGCUUCGCUGCACGGCUGCACCAAACGAACCUCACUCCCACUGACCAAGCUAGUCUAGAAGCUGAGCAAGGACCAGCGUGCCACCGACACCCAUGGCGCGGCGGUCUCUGGUUCUGCUCUUGUCGUCGCUCGCCGUCGCCGUCCUCUCGAUCCUCCAGCCGGCCUCGGCGCAGUCGGCCUGGCUCGACGAGUUCACCACGGACGGCGAGGUCCGGGCCGACUUCGACGCUACGGGCAAGCAGGUGGCGUCGCUCGUCCUCGACCGGAGCUCCGGCGCCGGCUUCAACUCCACGCAGAAGUACCUCUUCGGCGAGUUCAGCGUCGAGAUGAAGCUCGUCCCCGGCAACUCCGCCGGCACCGUCACAUCCUUCUACCUGACGUCCGGGGAGACCGGCAAGGGCGACGACCACGACGAGAUCGACAUGGAGUUCAUGGGCAACUCGAGCGGCGCGCCAACGGUGCUCAACACCAACGUGUGGGCCAGCGGCGACGGCAAGAAGGAGCACCAGUUCUACCUCUGGUUCGACCCGGCCGCCGACUACCACAAGUACACCAUCAUCUGGAACGACAAGAACAUCAUCUUCCGCGUCGACGACGUCACCGUGCGCGCGUUCCGGCGCUACGCCGACCUCCCCUACCCGGACGCCAAGCCCAUGGCGGUGCACGCCACUCUGUGGGACGGCAGCUACUGGGCCACCGAGAAGGGUAACAUCCCCAUUGACUGGUCCGCGGCGCCGUUCGUCGUCUCCUACCGGGGGUACACAGCCAACGCCUGCGUCGCCAGCGAGCACGGCAAGCCGUCGUGCCCCGCCGGUCGGAACGAGUGGAUGGACAGGGAGCUCGACGACACGGACCGCCUCACCGUGGCCUGGGCCAGGCGCAACUGCUUGCAGUACAACUACUGCGAGGACGGCUGGCGGUUCCCGGAGGGGUUCCCCGGCGAGUGCAGCCGCGAAUGAUUCUUGUCCCUGUAGAUUAAUUCCUUUUCAUGGAUAGUUCUUGUUCAUUUUGGAGCAUAUCACUUAGAAAAGCCCACAGUGGUGUCCGGGGUACAGCAGUAGUUAUGUAAUUUCUGAAAAUCAUUUUUUGGCCACUGAGUAAAAAUCUUAUGGAAUAAACUCGAAACUUUUGAUAAA